GGAACUUCCACGUCAGUAUCAUCCAGUGUUCUGUUCACUGAAGCCGUAACAUUUGGACAACACAACCCAUUUAUUCAAUCUUAUUGCGACAACACAGGGAUAAAUCAUGCCUCUGAGGCUGGAUAUUAAGCGGAGGCUGACAGCCAGAUCAGACCGAGUGAAGAGUGUGGACCUUCACCCAACGGAGCCAUGGAUGCUAGCCAGCCUGUACAACGGCAGCGUCUGUGUGUGGAACCACGAAACACAGACUCUUGUCAAGACCUUUGAAGUGUGUGACCUUCCUGUCAGAGCCUCCAAGUUUGUGGCAAGGAAGAACUGGGUCAUCACUGGAGCAGAUGAUAUGCAAAUCCGUGUUUUUAACUACAACACCUUGGAGCGGGUCCACAUGUUUGAGGCCCACUCGGACUACAUCCGCUGCAUUGCUGUCCAUCCAACCCAGCCCUACAUCCUGACCAGCAGUGAUGACAUGCUGAUCAAACUAUGGGACUGGGAGAAGAAGUGGUCGUGCAGCCAAGUGUUUGAGGGUCACACUCACUAUGUCAUGCAGAUUGUCAUCAACCCCAAGGAUAACAACCAGUUUGCCAGCGCCUCUCUGGACAGAACAAUCAAAGUUUGGCAGCUUGGCUCGUCAUCUCCAAAUUUCACUUUAGAGGGCCAUGAGAAAGGAGUUAACUGUAUCGAUUACUACAGUGGAGGAGACAAGCCCUACCUCAUCUCAGGGGCUGAUGACAGACAAGUCAAGAUCUGGGACUACCAGAAUAAGACCUGUGUGCAGACUCUGGAGGGCCAUGCCCAGAAUGUCUCUUGUGUCAGCUUUCACCCAGAGCUGCCCAUCAUCAUUACUGGAUCAGAGGAUGGCACUGUACGUAUCUGGCAUUCAAGCACUUACCGCCUGGAGAGCACCCUGAACUACGGCAUGGAGAGAGUGUGGUGCGUUUGCGGUCUCAGGGGCUCCAACAAUGUGGCACUGGGUUAUGAUGAAGGCAGCAUCAUUAUCAAGGUGGGUCGAGAGGAGCCAGCCAUGUCUAUGGACACUAACGGUAAAAUCAUCUGGGCCAAACACAGUGAAAUACAGCAAGCUAACCUAAAGGCCAUGGGUGAUGCUGAAAUCAAGGACGGAGAGAGGCUGCCAUUGGCUGUCAAAGACAUGGGCAGCUGUGAGAUUUACCCCCAAACCAUCCAGCACAACCCUAAUGGAAGGUUUGUUGUGGUGUGUGGGGAUGGAGAGUACAUCAUCUACACUGCCAUGGCUUUGAGGAACAAGAGCUUUGGCUCAGCCCAGGAGUUUGUCUGGGCACAUGACUCAUCUGAGUAUGCCAUCAGAGAAAGCAACAGUAUCGUCAAAAUCUUCAAAAAUUUCAAAGAAAAGAAGUCGUUCAAACCUGACUUUGGAGCUGAAGGAAUAUAUGGAGGUUUCUUGCUUGGAGUAAGGUCAGUGAAUGGCCUUGCUUUUUAUGACUGGGAAAACACAGAGCUGAUCCGCCGCAUCGAAAUCCAGCCCAAACAUAUCUUCUGGUCAGACUCAGGUGAGCUGGUGUGCAUUGCUACAGAGGAGUCCUUCUUUAUUCUGCGUUACAUGGCGGAUAAAGUGGCUGCCUCUCAAGAAAACAAUGAAGGAGUGACUGAGGAUGGUAUCGAAGAUGCCUUUGAGGUCCAAGGAGAGAUCCAGGAGAUUGUGAAGACUGGACUCUGGGUUGGAGACUGCUUCAUCUACACCAGCUCUGUGAACAGGCUCAACUACUACGUAGGAGGAGAGAUUGUCACUAUUGCCCACCUUGACAGAACCAUGUACCUGCUGGGUUACAUACCCAAAGAUGACCGCCUGUACCUGGGAGACAAGGAGCUCAACAUUGUCAGCUAUUCCCUGCUGGUCUCUGUCCUGGAGUACCAGACUGCUGUCAUGAGGAGGGAUUUUGGAAUGGCUGACAAGGUGCUACCUACAAUUCCUAAAGAGCAGCGAACCAGGGUGGCACAUUUCCUGGAGAAACAGGGUUUCAAGCAGCAGGCUCUGGCUGUGUCCACAGACCCAGAACACAGGUUUGAGCUGGCAUUACAGCUUGGGGAGCUGAAGAUUGCUUACCAACUGGCUGUCGAGGCGGAGUCGGAGCAGAAGUGGAAGCAGUUGGCAGAGCUUGCUAUCAGUAAGUGCCAGUUCGGCCUGGCUCAGGAGUGCCUACAUCACGCCCAGGAUUACGGUGGCCUACUGCUCCUUGCCACAGCCUCUGGCAACGCCACUAUGGUGGGCAAGCUGGCUGAGGGGGCAGAAAGGGACGGCAAGAACAAUGUGGCCUUCAUGACCUACUUCCUACAGGGAAAACUGGAUCAAUGUUUGGAACUCCUUAUCAGGACAAACAGACUACCUGAAGCAGCCUUCUUGGCUCGCACUUACCUGCCAAGUCAGGUGUCCCGCGUGGUCAAAUUGUGGAGGGAGAACUUGGGGAAGGUUAACCAAAAGGCGGCUGAGUCCCUAGCGGACCCAACAGAGUACGAGAAUCUGUUCCCGGGGCUGAGAGAAGCCUUCGCUGCUGAGCAUUACCUCAGAGAGACCUGCUUGGGAACCACUAGGCCUGCUACAGACUAUCCUCUUGUCACACUUAAUGAAGAUAGAAAUAUUCUUGAAGAGGCUCAGGGAUACGAGCCUAAAGGAACCUUCAUUCCUGCUGUUGCACAGACACAAGAAAGUGAGGAGUCUGUGGCAGCAGCCCCUGUUUCUGCAGCGGUGAUGUUUUCACAGCCUGAACCUGCUGCUCCUUCAACAGUGGAAAAAGAAGAAGAGGAGGAAGAAGAGCAGGAGGAAGAACAGGAGGAAAUCGCUGAAGUCUCAAAAUCACAAAAAGAUAAGACUCUGGAUGAGCUGGAGGUGGACUUGGACAACAUGGAGCUGGAUGAUAUCGAUACAACAGACGUUAACCUGGACGAUGACUUUCUAGAUGACUGAGACGUGGCUGAUUGCUCUGCUCCCAAUUACCCUCCAGAGCUUAUUUAAAAAUGAAACAGAGAAAGAGACCAAACCCCCCUUUCCCCUUUUUGUAUUUGUAUCUUAAAAUAUUAUAUUGUCAUGCCAACCUGUUGCAGUGACAUGGUUCAAGUAGAUAAACUUUAUGAUGAUGAUGAUGUGAGUAUUGUUUUAUUCUCUGAAGAAAAGUAGACGGCAUGUCUACUUUCAGACUCUCCAUUUUGUACAACAUCGAUCGAUUGUUUGAGAUGCUUUCACUAACUGUCCAUUACAAGAUGCUGCAUUUACUCUUCACUUUGUGUUGUCUGUACUGGCAAAUCAAAAUACAUUCAGUCCAAUAAACUGCAGUAGCUGUAAAUAUUCA